UUUCUGUGACGCCGCUCCUGUGCCGACAGGAAUGCUUCAGACCGAAUGUCUCGAGCGUCACUUCCGGCUUUCCGUCAAGUCCAGCUUCCUGAGCCGGAACGUCCGUUUCCACUUUGAAGACCAGCAUGGACUCCGCCCCCUGUCUCACCGGGAGGCCUCGCUCUGCGGUUACACCGUCUCCGUCGACCACGCCGGGCACCUGGUGCUGCGAGCCUCCUUCCUGGCCUGCCACGUCCGCAGAGAGGUAGGCGUGCCGCCGUGUCUUUGUCGGAGGAUCGACAUUCCUCGCCGCGCUCACCUGUCCGAGGAGGUGGUGUUCCCCCUCCAGCUCCACUGCUCACUGCCGAGUCCAUGGAGCACCAGAGAGAUCAUCUGUGAGGAAAACUAUAUGGAGGUGUCCAUCCAGAAGCCUCUCCUGCCCACGACGUCCCAAAGCGAGAAGGAGGGCGCUGAUGAGGCCGACGUGGCCGUGACGUUCCACAGAGACGAUCGGCCGCCGGAGGAGGCGGCGGCGGUCUUGUCCCCGACGGAGGCCGCCGCUCUGGGCUGCCACGUCUCCCCGCGUGGCUCUCGCCUCGCCCUCCGCUGCCCCUCCCCCUCCCCGCUCUCACACUUUGUCAAGAGCGACUUCCUGGCUGUGGACGCCACCGUUUCCUGUUCUCGGAACGAGGCGACGGCGGACGGGUCCGACCUGCUGUGGUCGGUCCCGUACGUCCUGUCGGCGCUGGUCCACGGGCGCUUCAGGGACAGAGGCUUCAGCCUCGGAGUGAACGGGCGAACUCUGAGUGAGACCGAGCACCAGGGAUACGAGGUGAGCCUGCGGGGGGGCAGGGUGGAGCUCAGGAUUCCUGCAGGAGCCCACGGCGGAAACAUUAAGAGCGGGGUUGUGAGGGGCCGCUACAGCCAGUCCAUGACGGCCGAUCUGUUCCUCGUGAGGCGCUGGGAGGACGAGCGCUGGCCCCUCACGCAGCAUCGCUCCUUCAGGCGCCUGAAGACGCCUCUCGUCCCAAAGAGCCCGGCCCUCACUGACAACACGUUGUCCUCCGAGGGAUUGUUCUCCGUCACUUUAGGCCUCUUUGCGCCUGAUGUUUCCCUCCAGAAGGUCACGGUAGACGGUGUCGGUGACCUUCUCAUCUGGACCCCCAGCGACACCGACGGCCUCAGUGUGUCCAGGAUCUCCUACCUCAACGGGAGCCACUCCUACCUGCUUAGUUUCCUGUUGUCACACCCAAAAAUAAUCCCAGAGUACAUAGGUGGUGGCUAUGAGACGUACAGUCUCUCUUUUACCUUUAUUCUUCGCAUCUCCCCCAGCGGAGAGGUGUUUUACCAUCACGCCACAGUGGAGGAGAGCGUAGCAUACACAGCGCCACCGUCCCCCAAGCUGCAGGGGAAGUGCACCGAGAGCAGCCUGCUGGUGCUGCUGCACCACGGGGCCCACAGAGAGCUGCAGUGGGAGCUCUUCCUCGGGGCUCGCAAGCUGGACUGGGACCUGGUGGAGAUGGGCGGCUUCCUGGUGAAGGCCGAGGAGGACUUCCUGACCGUGGAGAUCCCCCUUUACAGCGUUGGCAUGAACUUUGCGGAUCUGACGUUGGGGGGUCUGGUCUCUGGAGUGGAAGUGUCUGUUGUGGACGCCGAGUCUCUGACCGUGAAGGACACUCUGGUCCAUAAAUGCACCUUUGCCGUUGUAGAACUACUGGUGUGUUUGCCAGAAGGGAGGAUGGUGGCGGUCGUGGACACCACCCACACCAUCCCGCCCACUCAGCCCAGCCGGACCACCCUGUUGGACCCCAGCUGUGUUCCCUCGGAGACGGACAGCGCCAGAGCCCUGUUCAACUUCAGCCUGGACUCCUGUGGGACGACUACUGAGGGAAGUUUCCUUGUUUAUGAAAACCAGAUCAGUUACCCUCAAGACUUUCUGCCUUUGGAUGAUCCUCUCAUACACAGAGAUUCUCCAUACAGGCUGACGAUUCAGUGUCGCUACCCAGCCAACCAGAGCAGCGCUGUCGCUGUCCAGCACCCUCUGAACUCCUCUCUGGACCUUUCGACCAUACCAGUCAGACGCAGACGCAGGAAAGCUGCAAACACAGGAGCUCUUCACAUGGAGUGUCGUGAUCGUUACUUCACGGUAGCUGUGGAUUUGUCCUUCACUGGGAAGGAUCCUCACUUUGAGGCUGCUGAUGGGACGGGUGUGUACGCCAUCACCAAGCAGUAUGCAGCGCAGUGCGGCUACAGCGUCAGCCUCCUCCCCCUUCAGGGCCGCUUGGAGCUCCGAGCCUCGUACUUCAGCUGCCACGCCGACAACAAGGAUGACGAGGUCUUCACGUUUAACUUCAACUUGAUUGCAACACGUGAUGGAAAGGUGGACUCCUAUGCUCUGACGAAGACCUGUUCUCCCCCUCUUCCCUGGUCUCCCAGAGAGAUUACCUGUGAGGAAAACUACAUGGAGAUCUCUGUGAGGAGUGAGAUCACCUGUUCCCCUCGCACGAUAAAGGACGACUGGAAGUCUCUCAAAACUGCGCAUAGGUCCACUACCUCAGACUGGCAGGUGAUGUUUCAGCGAAAUGAGGAGCAGUUGCCGCCCAUGAACCUCUCCGAAGCGCGCAAGCAGGGCUACGCGUUCGCCGUGACCGACGGACGGCUGGUGUUUCGUACUCCGUAUGGACAACUGGACUCAUUCGGCACCGAGAUGGAUGGUGUUCCGGUAGAGGCCGUCCAUGUGACGCUGUUCUCCAGACAAAACUGGGCGGUCAUCAUGAUCGACCUGGUGGCCGCUUGCUCCAUGCAUGAAGGAUCUUAUGAUGGCGGCUACGUGAUGUGGGAAACCCCUGAGGUGCCGUGCCGGGGUCUUCACGGCACACGACUCAACUUUGGCCUGAAUGGUGAACUCAUGGCGCGACCAGUUGCAGAGGAGAGGGGCUUUAUUGUGACGAACAGCAACACAACAGUCCAGAUAAGCGUCCCCUAUAAUGCGGAAGGAGGAUACAGGAAGAGCUACGUGACUGGCGAGCUCUACGAGUUUUAUGUAUUUCAUCUCUACUUGGAGCAAAUCCUGGCGGAUCCGAAUCGCGUAGAAACCAGACUACGAGUUCACAGGACUCUGUCCACUCCCCUGCUGCCACGCUUCAUUUUCACUGAGGACCAAACGGUUCUCGACCGGCGCACGUUCACGGUCUACCUCGGCGACGUCCCCGAAGACGUGCAGUUGGCCGCCGUUCAGUUGAAUGGACAAGAAUUCACGGUUCCCUUCGCGAACUCGCUCGGACACACGGUCACGAAGGUCGUUCACCCCAACAACACCCUCGGCUACACGCUGACGGUUUCCUUUGACGACCCGCUUGUUGGGCAGAAGAUCUCUGAAGAUGCAGUUUUUCACUAUCAGCUGGACAUAAACUUCACACUGAUGGUUUUGCCUGAGAACGAGUCUUUUUACCAAUUGACGCGUGUCGUGGCGUUGGCGGAUGUCUCUCUUCCAGCUUUUGACGCAGUCUGUUCGGAGUCCGGCAUCAGCUUCACACUGGUCCACCGGCCGUUUCACUCCUUCUGGGAGAUCUGGAUCGGCUCUGAGCUGCUGACGCCACAGCUGGCAGUCCGGCGCGGCUACGUCAUGAGCAACGAUAGCCAGACUCUGGUGCUCGAGGUGCCGCUCUUCUCUCAUGGCUACGAGUAUGAGGACGUUACGUUGAAGGGAUUCUUUGGCAUCUUCAAGAUCGUCAUGCGGCCUCGCGGGCCGUCGUCCAUCCAGAGCUUAACUAUCAAGUCUUGUUCGUUCUCGAGUACCGAACUCAUUCUGUGUUCAACUGAUGGGAGGAUGACCGUGGUGGCUGACUUUUCUCUGGCCACCCAAAGUGGAGGAGUUCCUGGAAGCUUCAACCUGGUUGACAGAGACUGUGAACCCAAAGAGACGGACGGCUCCAGGGCUCUGUUCUCGUUUCUACUCAACGGCUGUGAAUCCACCAUCAAGCUCGACAAGGAAAAUGUGAUCUAUCAAAAUGAGAUUUUCUAUAGUCUCAACACAUACGACGGUAUAAGUACGGUCGUCUCUGAUGCUACUGAAGGGGUGAUGAUCCAGUGUUCGUAUCCUCUGGCUGGUCUUCAUCGCCUCUUCUCAGUGUUUAGGUUUGAGUCUGACGCGGCUGGUGUCGGCAGCAUCAUCCACACGACGCGGCCCACAGCAGGUCCCACCAUGAAGCCCACUGCAGCGCCUAAAAGCACACCUGCUAGACGACCUACCGAGCGCGAGGAUUCUCAACAACUAAAAUAA